CACUCUCUCAUGUUUUAUAUCCCCCCCGUUUCGAUACUUAAAAAAUCAGUAUUUAUUUUCGGGAGGUAAUUACGAUGUUGGGUGUAUUCAGCAGCUCAAUAGUCUCACCACCGGAGGAGCUGGUGGCUGCCGGAAGCCGUACACCGUCGCCGAAGAUCACCGCUAAGUCACUUGUCAACCGGUUCGUCGGAAACAACCCCUCGGCGGUAUCGAUGCAGAUCGGAGACGAUGUUCAAUUGGCGUAUACUCACCAGAAUGAGUCCAUCACACAUCCAAGAUCUUUUGCUGUCAAAGACGAAAUAUUUUGUUUGUUCGAAGGAGCCCUUGACAACUUGGGUAGCCUAAAGCAACAAUACGGGCUUUCAAAGUCCGCCAACGAGGUUGUUUUGGUCAUCGAGGCUUACAAAGCUCUUCGUGAUCGCGCCCCGUACCCUAUAAACCAAGUUGUGGGCCACCUUGUUGGAAAUUUCUCCUUUGUUGUCUUUGACAAGUCAACCUCUACUUUAUUUGUGGCCACAGAUCAACAUGGUAAGGUUCCUUUGUAUUGGGGAAUCACAGCUGAUGGGUGUGUUGCAUUUGCCAAUGAUGCUGAUCUGCUCAAAGGUGCAUGUGGCAAGUCACUCGCGACUUUCCCACAAGGGUGCUUCUACUCGACGGCAAUUGGAGAGCUGAGAUGCUAUGAAAAUCCUAAGAACAAAAUCACAGCCGUUCCUGCAACUGAGGAAGAGAUAUGGGGGGCAAAGUUCAUGGUGGAAGGGCCAUCCUCGAUCAUAUCAGCCACACAGUAAUGGUUGCUUCCAGAAGAUGUGAGCAACUCCUUUUAGUAUGAUAGAUUUCAAAGUGUAUGUUGGUCUGUGUAUAGAGAGAGACAUGUUGCUUCUUGUGUAAUAAAGUUUCGGUAGACAUCAAUGUAUGAAUUAUCAUGUAUGGUUGUGCUCAUCUUUCUUCAUUCA